AAAGAAUGGAUGAACAUCUGUCACUUCUGUACCGCCUAGCUCUGGCAGGUUAAUUACAAGCCAAGGCUGAGGAAGCCCUGCGGUGACGGCCCUGGUCUUGUCUGCCACUUUCCUGAGGCCAGGUUGGAUCAGGCUGUGUGCAAUGGCUGCUUAAAGAGAAGGCAGGAAACUUCUCCAAAGGGGCUGUGACUACUAAUGUUGCAAAUCCUCCACCUGAAAAACUCAGACGGAUGAGGCGGGUAUCCCUCUCUCUCUUUCUCUCCCUCGUCCACCCAGGCCUAGGAGAUAAGGAUCUUUCGAAGAUGGUUUGGCUGCCUUGGAGAUUUGGAGAUCUGAGGCCACGAUGAGGACUCACACACGGGGGGCUCCCAGUGUGUUUUUCAUAUCUUUGUUUUGCUUUGUGUCAGCCUACGUCACCGACGAGAACCCAGAAGUCAUGAUUCCCUUUACGAAUGCUAACUACGACAGCCAUCCAAUGCUGUACUUCUCCAGGGCGGAGGUGGCCAAGCUCCAGCUCAGAGCUGCCAGCUCCCACGAGCACAUUGCCGCCCGGCUCACUGAGGCCGUGCACGUCAUGCUGUCCAGCCCCUUGGAGUACCUCCCUCCCUGGGAUCCCAAGGAGUACAGCGCCCGCUGGAAUGAAAUUUAUGGCAACAACUUGGGGGCCUUGGCCAUGUUCUGCGUGCUGUAUCCUGAGAACAUUGAAGCCCGAGAUAUGGCCAAAGACUACAUGGAGAGGAUGGCAGCUCAGCCUAGUUGGUUGGUGAAAGAUGCUCCUUGGGAUGAAGUCCCGCUUGCUCACUCCCUGGUUGGUUUUGCCACUGCCUAUGACUUCUUGUACAACUACCUGAGCAAGACACAACAGGAGAGGUUUCUUGAAGUGAUUGCCAAUGCCUCGGGAUAUAUGUAUGAAACUUCAUACAGGAGAGGAUGGGGAUUUCAAUACCUGCACAAUCAUCAGCCCACCAACUGCAUGGCCCUGCUCACAGGAAGCCUAGUCCUGAUGAAUCAAGGGUAUCUUCAAGAAGCUUACUUAUGGACCAAACAAGUUCUGACUAUCAUGGAGAAGUCUCUUGUCUUGCUCCGAGAGGUGACAGACGGCUCCCUCUAUGAAGGAGUUGCAUAUGGCAGCUACACCACUAGAUCACUCUUCCAGUAUAUGUUUCUUGUUCAGAGGCACUUUGACAUCAACCACUUUGGCCACCCAUGGCUUAAACAACACUUUGCAUUUAUGUAUAGAACCAUCCUGCCAGGGUUUCAAAGAACUGUGGCUAUUGCAGACUCAAAUUACAACUGGUUUUAUGGUCCAGAAAGCCAAUUAGUGUUCCUGGAUAAAUUUGUCAUGCGUAACGGCAGUGGUAACUGGUUGGCUGACCAGAUCAGAAGGAACCGUGUGAUGGAAGGUCCAGGGACGCCUUCCAAAGGGCAGCGCUGGUGUACGCUUCACACAGAAUUUCUCUGGUAUGAUGCCAGCUUGAAAUCUGUCCCCCCUCCAGAUUUUGGCACCCCAGCAUUGCAUUAUUUUGAAGACUGGGGUGUUGUGACUUAUGGAAGUGCGCUGCCUGCAGAAAUCAAUAGAUCUUUCCUUUCCUUCAAGUCAGGAAAACUUGGGGGACGUGCAAUAUAUGACAUUGUCCACAGAAACAAAUACAAAGACUGGAUCAAAGGCUGGAGAAAUUUUAAUGCAGGGCAUGAACAUCCUGAUCAAAACUCCUUUACUUUUGCUCCCAACGGUGUGCCUUUCAUUACUGAGGCUCUCUAUGGGCCAAAGUAUACCUUCUUCAACAAUGUUUUGAUGUUUUCCCCAGCUGUGUCCAAGAGCUGCUUUUCUCCCUGGGAAGGUCAGGUCACAGAAGACUGUUCAUCAAAAUGGUCUAAAUACAAGCAUGACCUGGCAGCUAGCUGUCAGGGGAGAGUUGUUGCUGCAGUGGAGAAAAAUGGGGUGGUUUUCAUCCGAGGAGAGGGUGUGGGCGCUUAUAACCCCCAGCUCCAUCUGAAGAACGUUCAGAGGAAUCUGAUCCUCCUGCAUCCACAGCUUCUCCUCCUCGUGGAUCAGAUACACCUGGGAGAGGACAGCCCCUUGGAGAUAGCAGCAAGCUUCUUCCACAAUGUGGAUUUUUCUUUUGAGGAGACAGUGGUAGAUGGGGUCCAUGGGGCUUUCAUCAGGCAGCGAGAUGGGCUCUAUAAAAUGUACUGGAUGGAUGAUACUGGCUACAGUGAGAAAGGAACCUUUGCUUCAGUGACAUACCCUCGGGGCUAUCCCUACAACGGGACCAACUAUGUGAAUGUCACCACACACCUCCGAAGUCCCAUCACCAGGGCAGCUUACCUCUUCAUAGGGCCCUCCGUAGAUGUUCAGAGCUUCAGCAUCCAUGGAGACUCUCAACAACUGGAUGUGUUCGUAGCCACCAGCGAGCAUGCCUACGCCACUUACCUGUGGACAGGUGAGACUACAGAACAGUUGGCCUUGGCACAGGUCAUUGCUGACCGUCAGAAAAUUCUGUUUGACCGGAGUUCAGCCAUCAAGAGCACCGUUGUCCCUGAGGUGAAGGACUACGCCGCUAUUGUGGAACAGAACCUGCAGCAUUUUAAGCCAGUGUUCCAGCUGCUGGAGAAGCAGAUCCUGUCCCGAGUCCGGAACACAGCCAGCUUUAGGAAGACUGCUGAGCGCCUGCUGAGAUUUUCAGAUAAGAGACAGACUGAGGAGGCCAUCGACAGGAUUUUUGCCAUAUCACAGCAACAGCAGCAGCAGCAGCAAAGCAAGUCCAAGAAAAACCGAAGGGGAGGCAAGCGCUAUAAAUUUGUGGAUGCCGUCCCUGAUAUUUUUGCACAGAUUGAAGUCAAUGAAAAAAAGAUUCGACAGAAAGCUCAGAUUUUGGCACAGAAAGAACUGCCCAUAGAUGAAGAUGAAGAAAUGAAAGACCUUUUAGAUUUUGCAGAUGUAACAUAUGAGAAACACAAAAAUGGUGAUUUGAUGAAAGGCCGGUUUGGACAGGCUCGGAUGGUGACGACGACUCGCAGCAGAGCCCCAGCGCUGUCUGCUUCGUAUACCAGGCUGUUCCUGAUUCUGAACAUCGCUAUUUUCUUUGUCAUGUUGGCAAUGCAACUGACUUAUUUCCAGAGGGCCCAGAGCCUACAUGGCCAAAGAUGUCUUUAUGCAGUCCUUCUAAUAGACAGCUGUAUUUUAUUAUGGUUGUACUCUUCUUGUUCCCAAUCACAGUGUUAGCACUGAAGCUAUAAAUUGCUUGAUCAUUUUGUGGUCACAAGUCUGUGCAAAAAAUAAAAUCAUUGCCCUCGUUUGUUACUGGA